CGCCGGGAGCUGCAGUCCCGCGAGGGCAGCGAACGGGUCCUUCGCCCCUACGCCAGUACCACCCCUCCGGAAUGUCGGCUUUAUAAACGUCAAGGGAUAUUUCCACCGUCCGGGGCGGCAGGCAGUGAGCGGAGCUGAAGGCGCGCCUCACCCAGUUUCGGUGAUCAGCUCCCCUUGGUGGCGGCCAGCACCGGGCGAUCGAUUGAGUUCCCGAGACUGUCCAGGAGACAGACGAGUGGCAGACCAGGGGAGUCCAUGAAGAGUCCACAGGGAAGGACCACUGAAAACCUCACCGCUAAUGUGGAAAGCUUUUCGCAAGUUGUGGUCGGGGUUGUUUUCGUACAGACCAGGUGUGGGACUUUCCAGGAAGAAGAACAGAAGUGAAGCAAGAUGUUCCAACAACAACCCCGAAGCAUGCGCAAAAGGCUCGUAAACAUCUUAAAAAGACUGACUGGAACCUCAGUAUGCGCGGCAGUUGGCGGGACGGAGAACCCCCUGUCGCCCAGCGCUGCAUUGCCUCCUUGUUUUGCUGCUAUGAUUAAUAAAAUUUGUUAAUUAGCUGCUAAUUUGACUCUUAUUAAUCAAUAUAAUCAAUAACAAUUGGUGCCGUGACUCGGAUGGGAAUAUUGGUGAGCUAUUGAGGUUUGGGGAGGCGCCCCGCUGUAAUCGGCGGCCCCGGCUUCGGUUGCUUGCCCUACUUCCACCGACAAACCCAAAUUAAAACAGGGAGGCAAGGAAGGACCGGUCGACCCCUUAAAUUUUGUGCACAAAAGUCCGGACGAAGACGCGGAACGCGGAUGCGUCAAGCCAGGGGAUUGGGUUCCCAUAAAAACGUGGAAAGAGACCACUCUACAACCUCGCUGGGAAGGACCGUACCUGGUGCUUUUGACCACCAACACAGCUAUCCGAACUGCUGAGAAGGGAUGGACUCAUGCCAGCCGUAUUAAAGGACCAGUGAGCAAUAGAGAGUGGAUGGUCACUAGUCCUGCAGGAGACUUGAAGGUUAAAUUGUCCAAGAGACCACGGCAAUAAUAAGGGACAUUAAAAUUUCAGAGUUUAAUGAGCAAGAGCAACCAAAAUAGAACUUUUGUAAUUAAACACCUGUCUAAGGCACUUAAAUUUAAUGAGCAAGGAAACAUUUAUAACAAAGAUGUGGGUGUAACAUGCACCGAUAUUAGUUGUGGGGGAAAUUGCUAUCCAUUUGUUUGUUUUAUUUGUUUAGUUUGUAAGGAAAAGUGGUGGACCCAUUGCAGAAACGGACAUCCCCCUCGAGGAGUGUGCCGGCCGUGCUGGACAUUCCAGCGAGAAUUAACUGAUUGGGUAUUAGCUCAAAGAGUCAAAACAGGAGACCUAGAAAAAGGAUCGGCCGAGUGGUGGAAUAUAUUUACAAAGGGGGUAAAUCCGGACCUAUACUGUUAUCACCCGAACGAGCCUCGACCCUUUGUGGCCCGACUAGUGGCAGGACUGUGUCGCCGAAGGGUGGCAUCAGCGAGCUGCAAAGCCCCGGAGGUGAAGAAUUGUAAUUGGCAAUCUUAUAGACUGAGGCUCACACAGACAGGGAGACAGUUCCCUCCUGAAGAAUUCUCUUGCUGCCGAGAAGAUGGUUUACCCCGUGGCUCGAAGCAACCGAGUCGACGGGCGAGGAAGAGGGGAAGUAAACAGUGGAGGGAAUUCUCCGGUUGUCAAUGGGAUCACAAUAUUAUGGUCCAGGAGAUGCCCCAAGAGUGGGAAUAACUUCUCUAAGAGGUGGGAUCCCCAUUACUGGAAUGGGAAAGCCAUGGGUCUUUUGUUAUCCUGGAUAUUGUUUUGGAAUCUAUUGGGAGUUUAUGGGAAUGAUAGAGUUACGCAUGAACCCUUUGAGUGGUCCCUAAUUAGGGAAGAAGAGCAGAAAGUAAUUCAAUCGGUAAUCAGUUCAGGGGCGCCCACUUUCGAAUGCCGGCUUUUUGAGUUACUUUCAAUAGAUCAGCCAAGUCAGUUUCUUGAGUUAGUUGCAAAAGGUCCACCAAGACGACCAAUCUAUAUAUGCCCAGCUUCGAAUCCUGGGAAAGGAUAUUGCAAUUAUCCCGGAGAAUUCUAUUGUGGAUAUUGGGGUUGUGAGACCCUGGCAUUAGGAUUUACACCCGGAGGGGGCCCAGAUCCAUAUAUUUCUGUAAAGUGGCUACCCUGCACGGAGGAGGGCAUUUGUGAUAGGUUAGGAAUUACAGUGAAAUCUCAAACAUUGGCAGACCUCGGUUGGUUUAUUGGGAAGACAUGGGGAAUACAAGUGUGGGAACCUGGAAAAGAUCGAGGAGGACACUUUCUUAUAAAGAAAGAAAGGAUUCCUCAUAAUUUACCAGAGGCAAUAGGACCCAAUGAACCCUUGAAAAACAUAAUCGAAGGAGAAACCGAGAAGAAAAAGCCUGCAUCUAGCGGUAAUACCACCUAUAGUAUAUCUAAAGAAAAAGAUAUCAUGAUGCUACCCACAGAACAUUCACCCCCUGAAGCAUAUGAUACUUUUUGGAAGAUUAUGCAAGCUAGCUUUAAUGUUUUAAAUCAAACCCAUCCUGAAUUAACUAAAGAAUGCUGGCUAUGUUAUGACAUUCGUCCUCCAUUUUAUGAAGCAAUAGGGUCAGUAGCUAAUAUAAGAAGGAGGAACGGAACUAACCCCAGAGAGAAGCAAAGCCGUAUAUCUGCAGUCAAGAUCAAGCAGGCAAGGCAGCCCACUGAUAUUACGCUGAGGCCCCCUCACCGACCUGCCAACAGACCCGGUUUGCUUCUCUUGUGA